AUGUAUUGGCCCAUUGGAACCCCGAAAGCCUUCGCCACCUGCAACAACAUCGCUCCCGCUUCCAUCUAUGUCUCUCACGAUGGCACCCCGAAUCCCAGCUCCCCAAAUCUAGCCUCUCCUAACCUUCUCGCUCCCCCGAACGAACGAUUACAAGGUCCACAUGCAGACGAAGGCGAUGACCUGGCCCCGAAGACACCUCUCACUCCCAUAACUCCGGCUGUCCGCUCCAUAGAACAUGAGGAUUUCGGAGGCGCGGCGGAAGCCCCGUACUCCGGACACGCUGAUGUGCCCAGGGCCAUCGCUACCAAGGAGCCCAUCCUCGCCCUCAGGGUCUCGCGGUCUGGCCACAUUUUCGCCGUCAUCACCUCGACGACGAUGACCCUCUGGCAAACAAAGCCUACCGUCGUCCUCGCCGUGGUCGUCCGAUCCGAGACUUCCCUUGCAACGUACGGAAAGAAUAUCGGCCUUCUGUUACGCCCAGACGGUGCGAUCAUCGUCAUACACACCAGCCUCGGGUACUUGAUUACUUACUCCAUGGCUGCUGAUCCGGAUGCGCGAGUUUACCGACCACACUUCCCGAAUUACCACAAUGUGCAAAGACGCCGACAGACACACGCCGGGUCCUCGGGCGGCUUUGCUCCUGAUCAGUUUUUAUGGGGCCCCGGCGAAGGGGCGGGGGUAAAGGAUACGAGCGUUCGUUUUCGAAUGGUAAUCAAGGUCGAUGCCGGUAUCGAAAGCGCCCUUGCGCUAGACGACGAGCUGGUCGUUGCCACGCGCAAGCCAGCGGCGAUACAAUGUAUUCGAUGGUCUCCGGAUUCGACGGGGAAGCAGACACGCACCGAGAUAUUGAGUCGCAUGAAUUGGCUGGACAAGAAAACUAGUGUAAUCCAAAUGACCUACGACAGGCCCAUGAACUUGAUGACAUGGGUGACCGGGGACGGCCAGGUAUACGCUGUCCAGCGUCUCCAAUCCUCGGGGGCCGCCUCGGCAUCCAAUCAUUCGGCGGAGUCCUCGGAGGCAAAACGAUUGUUCAAAGGUCACUGUUUCCACGAACCCCAGGACUCGGGGAGUCGCGCUCUCCAGGCAGUCAUCAACGCGAGGUUUUCUCUAAUAGCCGUCGGCUGUAAGGACGGAGUCGUACGGGUUUACUCUGCGAAAGAUUAUUCCGGCAAUAUCCCCCCCUCCCACACACAUAGCGUUCCGGUAUCGAACUCUAGAACUGGGAAGCUUACGACCCUCGCGUAUUCAACUGAUGGAUAUUGCCUUUUCGCCGGGUUCGAGAGGGGGUGGGCGACGUGGAGCGUAUAUGGAAAAGCGGGAAGCCACACCUUCGACGUGGACCAGGCCGUUCCCACGGGCACGGGAGAUGAGAACGAGUGGCUCGAGGGGGUAGACGCCGCAAGUUGGAUAGGGGGCUCAUCCGAGCUUUUGCUCACCAACGACCGCAAUGACGCGAUAUGGGUUCUCGAAAUGGCGCGAAGUGCCGUCUCGAGCUGCUACACUUCGUCCAACAUAUUUCGUACCGUCCUCCAAACGUCAACUAGCGUCUCGGUGUAUCGGGGCUAUGACUUGCCCGACUUGACGACGAUAUCGGCGGAGCCGUUUCUUUGGCACACCGCCAAGAUUCCGUCGCUAUAUCUUCUAAACCAGUGGCCGAUACGGUGUACCGUGAUCUCACCUGACGGCAGGUAUGUCGCCGUAGCAGGGCGGAGAGGCUUGGCUCACUACAGCGUGAAUAGUGGAAGAUGGAAGACAUUUACCGAUCCCGCCAUGGAGAACGAAUUCCAGGUCAAGGGGGGAAUGUGUUGGUACCAGCAUAUUCUUGUCGCUGCCGUGGAAGCUAAUAAAUCAUACGAACUCCGCCUCUACUCGAGAGAGGCGCCCUUGGACAACUCGCAAGCCCUCCACAUCGAGCGCAUCCCAGCACCGAUCGUGCUAGUCACAUCCUGCGAAGACGACUCGGUGCUGGUUUACACACAUGACAAUCUCCUCCACCACUUCAUACUUACACCCGUUUCCGGAUCGGUGCGCCUGAUUCAAGUAGGCCAGAUCGCAUUCCACGGAAUUGUGCGAUCGCCAGCCAGGGUGCGAGGCCUGAGCUGGAUUCUGCCCGAGCGCCACCUCGCCGAAGGGGAUCCGUCGCAAGACGUGACUGUCGCCUCGGUGCUGUUCCUCGUCGAUGGGAAACUCGUGCUGUUGCGUCCGUCGGUGUCUGAAGAGGGCAAUCUCAAGUACGACAUGAGAGUCAUCGCGCAGAAUGUCGAGUUCCACGCCAACAUGCGUGACGAACCCUUUUCCGUGCUAGGGCUACCGCAGCAGCAGGUCGAUGAUGGUCAGCAGCAGUUAAGCGCUGCGGUAAGCGGCGGGGUCAAUCUACGGUCCUCGCUUUGGGUGUAUGAUGGGAAUGGCCUCAAGGUCUGGGCCGAGGUUCAAGAUGUGCUGGACGCCGUGUCGGCGGAGCAUUCGCAGGCGUUGCCUGAUACGGUUUACAUUCCCAUGGAUUUCUAUCCGUUGUCGAUGCUUCUAGACAAAGCGAUCGUUCUUGGUGUCGAGUCGGAACUUGUCCAGCGGCGGGAUAUCAGUUUCUCGUUCUUCCGCUUCAACAUAAGGACACAUCUGUUUUUGUCGGACAUGCUUCGAUACUAUCUCGUUCGGAACAUGAAGACAGAAGCCCUCUAUCUCGCGCAGCAAUACGAAAAUCUAGAAUACUUCCCGCACGCCCUCGAGGUCCUACUCCACAACGUCCUAGACGACGAAGUAGACGCAUCCCCGCGCCCCGAAGAGGCCAUCCUACCCCGCGUACUCUCCCUCCUCUCCUCCUUCAAAGAAUAUCUCGAUAUCGUCCUACAAUGCACGCGCAAAACCGAAGUCCGCCAGUGGAAAACCCUCUUCUCCUACCUACCCCCAGUGCAAGAGCUCUUCGAGGAGUCCCUGCAGCGGGGAUCCUCGAAGACGGCGGGCGGCUACCUGCUCAUCCUCCACACGCUAGAGGAGGCGGAGUCGAUCUCGGAGCAGUCGGUACGGCUGUUUUCGAGGGCGAUAAGGGAGCAGGAUUGGGAGCUCUGUAAGGAGUUGGCGAGGUUUUUGGCGGCGUUGGAUGAGACGGGGAAUGUUCUUCGGGGGGCUAUGGAGUCGGUGAAGGUGUCCUUGGCGGAUGAGGGGAGGAGUGAUGAUCUUGCUCUUAGGCUUGGGAUGGGGGCUCGUCUUCAUCUUAACGGGACAGUGUUGCCAGGCCGAUCAGGCGAAGCAUUUUACGGAGCACAUGGUAUUCAGUUCAAAAUUACCCCUCCAACGAUUCCUCUCAUCGAUCUGCGGCUCCUGUGCCCUUGGGCCGCCCGCGCCGACGACGAAGGUCCUUCAGUAUGGAUGACUUUGUUGAAGCCCUCUGCCGGACGAUCCUCUGCCGUUGCAAAACUCAUCCAAGAUCUCCCACUGAUUGCCAUUCCCUUCUCUCAGUUCCUGUCAUCCCGCGGCAAUGAGUACUUCUGCGAAAUCGACGAGGAAUACAUUCUGGAUAGGUUCAACCUUACCGGUCUCAACACAGAGGUGCAGUACUACCAAUAUGCUCUGGAGCUCGUGACGGAUUCGUUCGACCUCGACUGCGAGGAUUCUAUGAGGGAUGCGAUCGAGAAGUCGGCACGUCACCUUUACGGCCUGCUCGACAAGUACAAGAAAGCCGAAUUCGGGAAAUGCCCCCGAGUCAUGUGCAACUCCCACCCCCUCCUCCCCAUGGGCCUCUCCGACGUCCCCAACCUCAAGCCCGUAAAGCUCUACUGCGCCAAAUGCGAGGACAUCUACAACCCCAAAUCCUCCCGCCACGCUAGCAUCGACGGCGCCUACUUCGGCACCUCCUUCCACAACAUCCUCUUCCAGGUCUACUCGACCCUCGUGCCCACCAAGAGCGCAGACCGCUACGUGCCCCGCGUCUACGGCUUCAAGGUCCACGCCUCGGCCGCCCUCAUCCGCUGGCAGGAUCAUCAGCGCGAGGAGAUGCGGAGGAGGCUCAGGAAGAUGGAAGUUGACAGUGGGUUUAGGGAUGAUUUUGAUGAGGAGGAGGAGGUGGAGGAGGAUGAAGAUGUGGAGUUUGAGGGGGUGGGGGAGAGGGCUCUUGUUGCGCCGAAUAACUUGAAUAAUGCUGGCUAG